AUGGCUGAUUUGGACUUAGGCUCAGCUUCCCACUUUGUUUCUCAGCUCCACCUCCAAAGACCACAGGAAUCCGAUGAAGAAACCAAUAGAAAUCAGUUUUCCGGCGAAAACAACGAUAACUCGCAUCAAGGUCUGGAGUUUGGAACAUCCAAUACAAGUUUAGGUGACAUGGUGGCGCGUCGGCAGCGCGGCCGUCCACCAGGGUCGAAGAACAAGCCAAAACCCCCGGUUAUUAUCACCCGAGAAAGCGCGAACACGCUUCGGGCUCAUAUUCUGGAGGUCAGCAGUGGCUGCGAUGUGUUUGAGGCAGUGGCUAUCUAUGCAAGGAAGAGACAAAGGGGGAUUUGUAUAUUGGGUGGAACAGGUACUGUCAACAAUGUUACUGUACGGCAGCCAGCUUCAGCCGGCUCUGUGGUGACCCUUCAUGGUCGGUUCGAAAUUUUAUCCCUAUCUGGUUCCUUCCUGCCGCCACCAGCUCCGCCAGGCGCCACUAGUUUGACUAUAUAUUUAGCUGGUGGACAAGGCCAAGUUGUAGGAGGAAAUGUGGUGGGUGCUUUGAUUGCUUCUGGGCCAGUUAUCAUCAUCGCAGCUUCAUUCACCAACGUGGCUUAUGAGAGGCUGCCGUUGGACGAAGACGAAACGAUCCAGAUGCAACCACCGGUGUCGCAGCCGUCUGGUAGCGGUUUGAGCAGCCAAUUUCCUGAUCCAUCUGUGGGACUUCCUUUCUUCAAUUUACCACUGAAUAUGCCUAAUGGGCAGCUGCCAAUGGAUGGUGCAUGGACCGGAAACACUGCCGGCCGGACGCAAUAUUAG